GUUAUCUUGACGUAAGAGCUCGCUUUUGCGUUACAUCGGUUACAUCUCGUUUUCUGACAAGAUAGUUUGAUUGUUUUGUGUUUCCCCGAAACCUAUUAAAAAAUGAUGCGAACACUGGGCGGGGUUACGUACAUAUGUUUAUUGAUACACUUAAAUGUUAAUCUCGCAACCGAUGGGUGGUGGGGAGAAAGGGAUCCGUUUGGUCCAUACCCCAGGAUACCUGACAAGGAUUUGGUGAAGAGAGAAAUUGAAUUUGCAGAGGAAUGUAGGAAAAUAAUGCCAGCGCCUAAGCAAACCUGGAUCCUUUAAGAAAACUUUUGUUAAUUUUAAUUGUACAGUGAAUGUAUGCAUCUUUCCUACAUGGGAAAUUGUAGCAAAACAAAUAAAUAUAAUAUUAAUUUAUGAUAUAACAUUAA